AUGAUUCUUACUACACCAAGCUUUGAUACUGUAGCUAAGUUCAAUGAAUUGCCGGGCCUUUGGGAGUCUAAUGAAGCUAAAAACAAACGAGUUACUGAAGAAACUUUUAAAACUUUAGGAGAACUCUUCGUGAACUACCAUAUUGAAAAUAUUUUUGGCCUUACCCUUUUGCAUAUCCAUUUUUUGCUUGAAAAGGGGGAAAUUUUACUUGAAACCGGUUCAUUGUCUGAUAAUCAACAAAAGGUCAUUAGCCAACCGGUCAAAGUUGAUGAGUUGAUUUCUUCUGUUCAAGGAUCUAAUUGGAAAAUAACUCCGGAUAACUUAUACGUACCUUACGAGUUCAAACUUGAAAAUGAAAUAAUUUCACUUCCUGGAAUUGAAAAUACUGAGGGAAGAAAAAAUAUUAUAGUUCCGCUUACUGAUUCCGUUAAACCUGGUGACCAAAUUGAAGCAGUUUGGAAUUUUGUGCCUGGCCUUGAUAAUAAAGGGAAAAAAUUGAUUACCCGAGGAUGCUCCAGAUCAUGCUAUUCAACUUUACAAGGGGAUCAUAAUGCAUAUCACACUAGAUCAUAA